AUGUCGAAGCCGGCGAGGGCGGAGCGGGCAGCGUCGCCCAGCCGGAAGCAGGAGGAGGAGGAGAAGCUGGUGGGGAAGCGCAGGAGAGCCCCGCGAGCCAAAGAGAGGGAGAGACCCUCGCCCCCAAGGGCUGGGGUCGAGGGGGCCAUGGAAGUGGAGUCGGCGCCAAGGGCGCCGGUGGUGGAAGAAACCCGUGUCCCGGAGCCCGCGAGGGCCGGGGACGAGGGUGCUGCUGCAGCGGCGACAGUGGAGGAGGAGGCCUGGAAGGCACAGUACGACGUCGGCACUCAGAUCCAGGACGCCCUCGGCUAUGCCUUCCAGCUGCAUCAGAAGACGAAUUUCCUUAUAAGCAAGCGGCUGAGGGAAAUCUCUUGCAACAAAAGCGCCGAGCUGGCCCGGUUGUACUCCCAGUUGCGCUGGCUUGGGCAGUACAAUGCCAGUUUGGUUGUUCGGACGAUUGGGGCCAACACCUUGGUGACCGACCUGGGGGUGCGCCAGCGUGCGCCGGAGGAGGAGCUGGCGCAGGCCGCUAGCGAGCGCGAUGCCCAGAGGGCUGCGGCGGAGCGGAAGGCCCAGGAGGAGGCGGCCGCUCGGAGCGCGGAGGCUGCCCUCAAGGUGAAAGAGGACUCCUUGUCCACACUCCAGGCACAGGUGAACGUCGCGCUGACUCGGCUAGAGGAGGCGCAAGGAGACAUCAGAGAGCUGAGGAAAGCGGUGGCGGACGAGACCGCGGCAAAGGAGGAUGUCCAUAGCGCGCUCACGGCGGCGCAAAACGAGCGGUCGGGUGGCCGAGCACAUCAAAAGCACCUUCUGCCAUGGCGUUCAACGGCCCUCGCCGUGGCCACGACGCACUACGAUAUGGACCUCGAGAGGGUGUCGUCGGGGUACGUCGUUGCGUCCGGCAUCGGUGCGAAUGCCGCGUUGGCUGCCAUAGAUGACGCCGACGCCGCCGUCAAGGAGUUCGCUGCCGUCCUGGCCAGGAAGUUUGAGGACGACAUUCCCCCCAUAGCCGAAUUCGACGCUGUUGAAGAUCCGCAGGGGGGAGAGGAUAACCUGUAG